AUGCUCGCUCUUAGAGCUCUCGCUGGCCUCUCAGUUUACCUGGGGGUCGUCUCCGCUUCCGCCCUCCCGCCCUCCCUCGAAGGACGAAACACCCUCCACGCUCGCGCCACCGUCAAUGGCAGCUGCAUCUCCGCCCCCGACGACGGGACUACGUCGCUCGUAGGCCUGUGCGUCAGCAAGAUCGCCCGAGGAGAGAUUGCCUCGAACGCGUUCUGGACGGACCCGCUGUGCGUCGCCGCUGCGGGUGGCUCUAGCAUGGGUGCCGUUCUGGACGCGGCCUGCUGCGCUGGGACGUGCAGACAGCCUCUUGACACUGGCAAUCUCGACGUUGCUACGGUCUACCGUUCAAUGGUCGGCUCGGGCUGUACUUCUACCCCAGCCUCGAACUGCGCCUUGACAUGGCAGCCGUUUGUGGACUUCAUCUACGGCACCAUCCAGAACACUGGCACCAACAUCUGGCCUGACUCCGGAGACGUCAUUCUGGACAGAUGGCAGGAGAUCGCGACCUGGACUGGGUUUUGCUCGGGCACCAGCUGUGUCAACGGCGCCAUCCCAUACAGCAACUUCAACGACUGGUUCCACUUCUCGUCCGCCGUUACUCAGACUACGCCGGGUACGCCGCAGUUCGUCCAGAUAUUCCCGACGCUGGACGAGAACCUGGACAACACAACUCCAAACGUGCUGUGGCCAUGUCCCUUUGACGACCCCACUCUCUGCUCCUGGGACUGGGCCCCGCCGCCUCCAGGAACUUUCGACACGGACUCAGGUUUGCAGCCUGCGGUGGUGCGAGCAGCAUCUCCCGCGGUCAACAAUGCCGUGGCCAUAUCGGCUACCAGUUCUAGCAGCGCUCAGAACGGCUUCCCGCGGUUUGGCCGUGCCCCGAGUCAGCCUCCUAACCUCCCUCCUCCGGUCUACGCGAACGGACAACUCUUGCCCCUCGUUCUCAACGGAGUACCUGUGGUCUGGAACAUUAGUACAAGCGUGGCCGCGCUCGACACCUCGUUCGCAGCACUGCACCUCAGCCCAGAGAAGCCUCAUACAAAUGCUUCGACGAACGCCGUGAAACGCGCGAUCACCCCGGACGCCUGUCGCGGAACCAUCGACAUCCCCUCGACUUUGCCGACACUCACCUACUACUGCGACAAGCUCCCGCAAAUCUGCGCGAACAUCCGGUCUCAUCCGGAUUGGAACGCUGCUACCGACACCAUGGAUCUCACGUACGACCCUUGGGACGGCGGAAGCAGGCGUGGUGGGUUGUGCAAGCCCUCUGUCACAUCUCAGAUGCAGGCGGCUGGCAAGUGCGACCCACUCCAACACUCUCCCUACCACUGGAAGGUGUCAUGCGACGAGUUUCCGUUCAGCAGUUCCCUUGAGGGCGGCUCGGGGAACGCUGUCAUCCAAGCAGUAUCUCACUACGAGCAGGACCUCCAGAGCACGCUCCAGUCAUCGAUCACCCAUCUCAGGACUAACCAGAGAGACAAGCGGACCAAGUGGUCGGGGGCGAGCAAAUGUCACCGAUACACCCUCAAGCUUGGUACCACGCCUACCACAGGCGCGAGCCCCUCGGCGAUCGGCUUCCUCGACGCGGGCUCGAACUUCUUUUCCAAGGCAGGAGAAACGGCUCGAGAACUCACGAACAGGCACGCAGUCGACGACGUCCCUCCGGAUCCGUUCACGAUGCCUACGGACUACACCGGUCCGAACGACAAUUCUUUGUCGAUCAAGGGUAGCAAGGACAUUAUCGACUGCACUCCUUGCGACUCCGAUGGCGAUGCCAUUUUGGAGAAUGACGAUGUCUUGAAGCCUUCUCCUGCAGCGCAGGAUGCGACCGCACCGACUGCGCCUCCGGAUGCCGCCGCUGCCAGCGCGGCGAUCGAGAAACGCCAGGCAUCGUGUACUGUCCGUCCUACCACUGCGCCCCUUCCCACUUCCUCAGCCGAAGCUUCCGCCAUCGCUGCGAAUGCGGAGUCAGUUGCGAAGGCCGCCGCCGCUGCUGCUGCCGCCGCUUUGGCAUCGGCUGCGAACCCUGCCGCCGACAUGGCUGCUGCCGCUGCCGCUGCCGUGGCUGCAGCGAGCUCUCUCGGCCCUGCCGCCGCUGCUUUGGCAAUGGCUGCGAGCGACUCCGCGCUGGCUUCUGCCAUUGCGUCCGCGCAAUCAGUCACCUCGAUCGCGCAGAACGCGCUGGACAACAUCUUCAACUUCGGUCCAAGCGUUCCGAGCUGGCUCAGUGACAUCUUGAAUGAUGUCUCUCCGGCAUCCUCCUCCGUCUCGACAGCCGCCUCGUCCUCAAUGAAUGUCCUCAACCCAGCCACGCCGAUCCCUCCCGUUUCCGACCCUGCUCACGACCCAAACGUCCCUUCACCCCCGCCCGAUGCGCCCGCAGCCGCCUGCUUCGGGGCGGGCUCCCACGGCUUCCUGAAGAUCGGCGACGCCUUCAUCGUAGACGGGAACGGGCCCGUUCCCGCGGUGCUCGUCGACGAGGGCUCCGACGCGUACUUCGGGCUCACCGUGAACACGAACCGCGUGCUCGGCGAGGUCUCCGGGUGCGACGGCGUGUACCAGUGGAUCGACUCCGACCUGGCGCCGAACUUCCAGGUCGACUGUUCAACGAACGAGUUCGGCAGCUUCUGGAGUGGGGUAAAGCAGCCGUGCUACAUGUACAACCUCCCGUCCGACACCCCGGGCAUCGCCGUCUUUGCGCUGUACUGUGGCACCAGCGCUUCCAACAUCUACUCCUGCCUGCAGCAGAACGGUUUGUUCGGGGGUCUGCAGUCCGCGUUCCUUACUUGGGCAACGUCUGAUAAUUGAACGGUGUAGUCUGUACUUGUGGACCCC